UGUUGGAGUUAGGUGGCCGACCGCGCGUGUUUUUCCUCGUCGACCAAGGAAUCGGUUCUCUCUCAAUGGUCUAAAAAGAGCCGAAAAUGCUGUGUUUGUUCGAUGGCGGCGCAUGGUCUCGGCUGCUACUGUCGGCGUCCUUGCUCUGCUGGGUUGUAGUGAGAGGGAAAUUUAUGUCUUGCGUCUGCUCAACUGACCACUGCAGGCUACAGCGUACCAACCGGUGUAAUACCACGUCCAUGUGCUACACCCAGUUUUUACAAAAGUCUGACGGGUCGGAUCCAAUCACGCGCGGUUGCAUCGACACCAAGACACCGCUGCUGUGUGAAAACCGUCGUCCAGCAGUGGUAUCUGCCAGGUGGCCCCUGCUGGUGUGUUGCAGUACUAACAUGUGCAACCAAGAGGCCCGUCUCACUCUUCCCAGUCGGAAGAAGGGAUUACCUCGGCAACCGGGCGACCCAGUGAAGUCGAGGGCAAGCAGCACCAAGCCUUCCCUUGAGCAGAGCGAACGGCGUGUGGAAUUCCCGCCGUUGAACACGACGCAUGCCCAGCGGAAUUCACCGACACACGGGGAAUUCGACACCGUGUACACCACUGUGGCAGUUAUGGGGGUGUGCGGUCUCGCGCUCAUUGUAAUAGUGACUUUGACUAUUGCCCACCGAAGGAUAAGGCUGUUCCAUUUGUGUUGCGGCCUCCAGAGAAAUAGUUACAUGAAGGGACACCGACAGAGCAUAUCCGACGAGAAGGAGCUCUCUCUACCUCUGCCAAGUGUUAGCGUGUGUGAGUACAAAGUGGCCGCGGGACAAUAGACGCAUUGUACAGUAUCCGUGUAUUCACACCAGCGACAUCCUCAGGGAAUAUUCUAGUGGACGAAAAAGCAAAAACACUGCUUACUGAGACGAAGUUCCGUCCCGUGUUACGUGAGCAUUCACACGGUGUAGAAUAUCGGGCGUGGCUUACUGCGCAUCUAGCAGACGACACUCAGCAGACGACACCGUCAGCGCGUUUUCCUGUCGUCUGCUACGGGACAUCUUGUGGCUGUGUAGUAGGAUAUUCCCCACGGUUAGCAGUGCACGUGAAGACGCGACAUUGAGCGCUCGUGACAGCAGAAAGCUAUGACGCUUUUCGCAUCUUCUGCUUCUGGGGUAAUAUCGCUCGUGUGAAUACACGGUAUGAGGAAGACGGCAAAGCGCUGGACAUAGACGAUCUCAAAAAGUGCCUCCAAACUGAGAGCGGAUCAAGUGUUGCAGACGUUUGUGAGUGACAGUGUGUGCUGUGCGACACAGUGCGACCGUGAACAGUGUAUUCGUUCUACAGAGAAAAUCAUCAGACUAACGUCCCUGUAGAUUGACUGGGCGACCAUUCAGCACUAUUUUCUUCCGCGGAAGGACAGUACUUUAAACGGGUGAAUGUUACGCAAUACUGCCGGAGUGUACGUAUUAUUUAUUUAUAGUAUACCUAACUACUUGAGCAGAACAGAUGUACAACUGUAUUUAAACAAUCGCUGCCCAGUUAUAUAUGUUAUGUGCGG